AUGGCGUCUGAAAUCCUUAAAUAUGCCUCGGUCCCGACCCUCGAUCGACCCUUUGGUGUGCACUUGUGGCCCCUCUUCGACCAGGCCUACGAGAAGGUCAUGGGAUAUCCCGCCAGCGAAUUCAACUUCACUGAGGGUGUGACCCCUCUGUCCACCUUGAAGGAGACUACAAUGAUGCUUGUCACCUACUACAUCAUCAUCUUCGGUGGCCGUGAGGUCAUGAAGAAGUUGCCCGCGUUCAAGCUUAACACCUUGUUCAUGAUCCACAACCUCCUUUUGACCACCGUUAGCGGUAUCCUGCUGGCCUUGUUCAUCGAGCAGCUUCUCCCCACUCUCUGGAGACAUGGAGUCUUCUACACCAUCUGCGACCAGGACGGUGGUUGGACUCGCCCUUUGAUUAUUCUGUACUACCUCAACUACCUCAACAAAUACGUCGAGUUCAUUGAUACUAUCUUCCUGGUCCUCAAGAAGAAGCCGUUGACCUUCCUUCACACCUACCACCACGGUGCCACCGCCCUCCUUUGCUACACUCAGCUUAUCGGUGUGACUGCCGUGCAGUGGGUGCCCAUCACCAUCAACCUACUGGUCCAUGUCGUGAUGUACUGGUACUACUUCCAGAGCGCUCGCGGCGUUCGCAUUUGGUGGAAGAAGUACAUCACCAUGCUGCAGAUCCUCCAGUUCGUCAUUGACGUUGGCUUCAUCUACUUCGCCUCGUACACCUACUUCACCUCUGCCUACUUCCCGUGGCUCCCCAACAUGGGCAAGUGCGCCGGUGAGGAAUUCGCUGCCAUGGCUGGUAUCGGCAUCAUCAGCUCCUACUUGGUCCUGUUCAUCUCCUUCUACAUUGCCACCUAUAACAAGACCGCCAAGACCGGCCGCCCCCGCCGCAACACUGGCCAAAAAUCGUUGAUCGACAUGAAAAACUUCGAACUUCCUUCCCCGGCCGGUACCCAGAACAGCGCCAAGUCCACUGGCCGCUCCAACGGCCCUGUGACCCGUUCUCGCAAGGCCUAA